CGCGCUCCCGGGUGUGUGUGCGUGCGUGCGCUUGUGUAUUGGUGCUGAAGUUGCAUUGCAGGGGUGGGACUCCUGCAUUCUCAUCUUCAUCAUCAUGCGCAGCGGAAAACACACACACUUGAGAUCUAAAAACACAUAUCUGAUUUGACCCGACCGCACACGCAGGCGCACCCGUCAGAUGUAAUCGGAUCGUGCACACUCGUCUGAUGCGUUAGUGCAUGAUAAUUGAUGGAUGAAAGUCUGCAUGAGCACGAGAGGGAGAAACAGAGACUCCUAAAGUUCAAUCAUGACAACUCUGCCAGCUUUAUGAGAACCAAUCAGACGCAUGGAAGGCUUUCAUGACUGAACUUGGCAUUUAGAUAAUGCGUUCUUGGAUGCACACCAGGUGGCAGUAUGUCUGUGCAUGGUCAGGAUAUUUCAGAAUAUCAUCUGAGCGUGGUACUUGAUCCUCCUGGAUGGGAGGUGUGUUUGUAUGCGUUUGGGUUCUUGCUUCUGUUUGCCGUGGUUAUAGUGAAUCUGUGGAAAUUAUUUAAAUCCGGCUCCUUCCCGGCUCCCUCUCCAUUUCCCAACUUCAACUACCGAUACCUGCAGGAAAAAUAUGGCUCCUCCCACUCAGAGAUCAGACAGAAGCGUGUCGCAGCUAACAACCAGCGAAGGGUGUCGUCAGCGAGUCGAAAACCGAGUUUCCAGCUGUUGGAUACCCCCGACGGGUUUCGAGAGCUGGGAACGCUGGAGCUGAUGAGUCGAGAGCUGGAUCCCAGCGGCACCCUGAAUCGAUCCAUGUCCUCCGAAUCUCUGUGUUCCAUCUCGUCCGUCGCUCAAACCUUCGGACACGACUUCACGGUGGGCCAGCUGGAGAUCACGCUGGAGCUGGACUCUCGAAACUCGGUUCUGCUCGUCUCGCUGCACCAGGGUAAAGACCUGCUGGAGAAAGAGGAGGAGAACUUUCCUGGGUGCUACAUCAGCGUCAUGCUGGUUCCUCAGCAGAUCAACCUGGGGGCCACACAGGUUCAAAGAAACGCCUUCACCGUGAUGUUUGAUGAGCGCUUCUCUAUCCCGUCAGACUCUGUGAAUCUGGACGAGAACAGUCUGAGGUUCUCGGCUUUCGGCGUUGAUUCAGACGAAAGAAACAUCAGUGCUGGCGUGGCUGAACUUAAGCUGUCAGAUCUGGAUCUUUCAGUCCGGCCGUUUAACGCCUGGCUUUACCUCCAGGACAUCAACAAGGCCGUGGACGCUGUUGGUGAAAUACUGUUAUCUUUAAGUUAUUUGCCCACUGCAGAGCGACUCACUGUGGUCGUGGCCAAAGCAAAGAAUCUGGUCUGGAGCAAUGGAAAGACUACAGCAGAUCCGUUUGUUAAAGUCUACUUGCUUCAGGACGGCAGAAAGAUCAGUAAAAAGAAAACCUCCAUAAAAAGAGACGAUACAAACCCCAUCUUUAAUGAGGCCAUGAUCUUCUCUGUGCCUGCAAUCGUUCUGCAGGAUCUGUCUUUGAGAGUGACCGUCGCUGAGAGCACAGAGGACGGGCGAGGUGAAAACAUAGGUCACGUGAUCAUCGGACCAGAAGCCAGUGGAAUGGGAAUAACUCACUGGAACCAGAUGCUUGCCACACUGCGAAAACCAGUUUCAAUGUGGCACCCGCUCCGGAGGACCUAAUUCAUGACCCCUAACCUCUGACUCUCGUCUGCAUGGUGCCUACUGUCAAGCAGUCGUAGCAGUGAAGACGUUUGAAUAUGCUGAGAACAAAGUUGAGUCCCGAAAACAGCAGUCUGGUCGCACACACUGCAGAUAGGGACAGAUGGGUCUAUAAAAGAGAAUUUAAGUGGCUCAGGAUGACUCCUGGAAGGGUCUAUGAAAUCCAGGUUUUAUUAUCCAGGUUAAAUCCAUUUGUACAUAUUGAUAACAGGGUGGCUGAUCGUCUGGGAGCGUAUAAGAGAUGCGAAUAGCAGUAGCCACAUUUUGUUGUGCUAGACAUUUAAAACAUAUAAAGAAUGACAUGUUUAGCUAUAAAUACUUUUUGGAGGGGUGAAUAGUUUUAUUUUCCCGGCUUGAUAAAGUUAAGGCAUACUAACAACCUUGGGGUUAUCUAUCCCUUUUCUCAGGCAAGUGUAAUUACACUUAUUAGCCUAAUGGUGGCAUCAUUGAGCCACAUCAUGUGCAGCAUUGAGUUGUUGGAGAUAUUUUUGUUUCCCAUAUUGGCUUUGAUGUCAUUUAAAAUCAAAGCACUAAACUAUCAUGAACUUAAGAUAAUGCAUUCAACAACUAGGUGACGUUUAGAAAAAAAAGUAUGAUAUUACUGAUUAUGUUUAAGUUGUUAUAGGAUUAGUCUACUGGUUACUUUGAACAGCAGUCACAUAGGUACUUCAUUUCUAAAAUCCAACUUUGAUCAGAUUUAUUUAAUGUAAAAUGCUGUUUAGUGCAAUUGAAGGAUGUUUUUGCCCUGAUUAUUUACUGUAAGAUUUUAAGUGUUGAAACUAUAAAGUAUUUACCUGUUGCACACAUUUUGUUAAGGUGUUAUCUAAAUAAAAAGAAGUGCAAUCAUUUUUACCAAAAUAUAUAUUGUUGGAUGUUACAUAUAGUUAUUUAAUUAAACAAUAUAUUAUAUUAAAACCAUGUAGCGCUAGUAACUACAAAAUGAUGUACAAUAUUGUGACAGUUUUCACUGGAUUAUCAAAAAACAGAGUAGCCUCGUCUUUUCCAUUACUUCAUUACAAGAAACACGUACUUUGUAGUUUUGUACUUUGUAACACGUUACUCCUACCACAACCAUUCAUAUUUACAUAUUUCAUCUUUUCUUUGGUAAAACAGAAAAUAAAUAAAAAAUAAUCAGAUUUCUGCAAUAAUUACAUCUCUGAUGACAGAAUGUACAAACUUCAUGCCAACUCACAUCAUAUUACAUCAAACACAUUUUGUAGUAGAGUUUCUUGCAGUCAUGAUUCAUUUUCUGUGAUAAAGUGCAGCACAUGCUGGUUCAUUUUUACUACUAACAAUAUUUAAUGCGUACCAUUACAAUUCUGUGCCAAAUUCACUCUAAUAAAAGCAAUAUUUCCAUUUGCAGUGGACAUCUAAUUAUGGUGAACUUUAACAAUUUAAAGAAUGAUAUACUUUACAAUGCAUGCAAGUGUGAUGUACAACAUAUUGCAAUCAAAUGAGUUGUUUAAAUAAAAGAAGCUUUGCGUGAUUUGUUUCA